GAAGAAGAAACUGUCCAAUCAGCGGCAUGUUGGGAGGAACUAUCCCCCCGACCAGAAGAGAGUGAACCCAAUCUGACAGUUUUCCUCUCUCUUCUUUGGUUUCUGUUUCUUGUCGCUUUUCAGCUUCUUGUAACAUGAAGUUGUGAAUAAUUAUUGUUUAAAACGUUUCCACUGUUCGGAAAACCCGGACACCUUCCAUUGGGUUCACGGCAGUUACUUCCCGGUGUUUAGCUUGUGUGGUUGGACCGGGGAGAGCCUGCAGAGAUGUCCGACAACGGUGGCUCGGCUGUCGGCCUCCUAUCCUAUGAGACGCUGGUUCAUGCUGUGGCAGGUGCAAUGGGGAGUGUGACAGCUAUGACCGUCUUCUUUCCUCUGGACACGGCCAAAAGCAGACUCCAGGUGGAUGAGAAGAGAAAGUCGAACUCAACUCCAGUCAUUCUGGCUGAGAUAGCAAAGGAAGAAGGCUUUCUGUCACUAUACAGAGGCUGGUUCCCAGUUAUCUCCAGCCUUUGCUGCUCCAAUUUUGUCUACUUCUACACGUUUAACUCGCUGAAGAAGAUGAUGGCAUCUGGUCCAGGCCAGUCCAGACCUGGGAAAGACUUGCUCAUUGGAAUUGUGUCAGGAGUGGUGAAUGUGAUCCUGACCACUCCCAUGUGGGUGGUCAACACUCGACUGAAGAUGCAGGGGGUAAAGUUCAGAAACGAAGACCUCCACCAGACUCACUACAAAGGCAUAUUUGAUGCUUUCUCACAGAUCAUAGCCAACGAGGGGGUGGGAACUCUGUGGAACGGCACUUUGCCCUCUCUCGUCCUCGUCCUCAACCCUGCUGUGCAGUUCAUGAUUUAUGAGGCCAUGAAGAGGAAGGCAGGCAGAGGAGGGAGGAAGAUAUCCUCGGCAAAGAUUUUUCUCAUUGGAGCCAUUGCCAAGGCCAUCGCUACCACUGCCACGUAUCCUCUGCAGACAGUUCAGGCCAUACUGAGGUUUGGCCAGUAUAAAAGUGACGCCAAGGGUGGUGGUGUGAUGGGGAGCCUUUCUAACAUUUUGUUCCUGCUCAUGGACCGGAUCAAGAAGCACGGCGCUCUCGGUUUGUACAAAGGCCUGGAAGCCAAGCUGCUACAGACGGUACUGACGGCUGCCCUCAUGUUUGUUGUGUAUGAGAAGAUCGCUGCAGUGACCUUCAGAAUCAUGGGCAUGAACAAGAAACUGAAGCACUGAAGACGGCUACCUGAACACAGCAAACCAUCAGUGCACUCAUCCUCAGUAGGUUUAAAAGCCUGCUGAUGCUAUUACUAACAUUAUGAAUUGUUUCCGUCGCAUAGGCACAAUAAUAUGAGCCCGCAUUGGUGCCUUGGGAGCCCCACAUUCCUAUUCCAUUCCCAAAUUAUAUAACAUAACCAGAGGGGGUUUAAUUAUUGCUGUUGUUAACCUUUAACUGCGAACAUCUGUGCAUACACAUCCUCUCCACUGGUGCAUUUCUCUUGGUUCAGCAUGGUCCUGCAGGGACUAAAGUUAACUGAGUUUAUGUGACAAAGAAAAACAUACAGACAUCAUUUAUUAGUUUGGUUUGCUGUAUAAUAUCUUCUAGUGUGAGGUGAGUUAAACAGGUCCUAUAUUGAGUAACUGUUUGAAAAGACAAAAGGAAAAAGAACACCUUUUAAAGAGCUGAACUUUCUACUGUUAAAAAAUAAGCUCUCUGUCAGGUGCUGAUUUAUUUUUAAACAGUUUAGGCAAAAGCACACACAAAUACACCUGUUUGCCCUCUUCCUGAGAGAUGAUCCUGGUUGCACUGAAAGACUGAUACAGCUCUCGUGGAAAUAUACAUGCUUUUUAAGAAAUUACUGGUUCAAAUCAAUGUGCCAGACUAGCUGCUUUCCCCUGGUCCCAGUUUUUGUCAUGAGGCUGCUGUAGUUUCAUAUUUCACUAUAGGAGAUGAAUGAUAUUUGUCUUUACAUUUUCAUAUGAAUUUGAAAAAGUGUAUUUCAAUUUAAGACUUUUACUUAAUGUUUGAGCUUUAUUGCACGUGAUGAUAAGUUUACUGCUGGCUUAAUCUAAACCACUGGACCAUUCUUUACAUACACUUAAGUUUUUAACUGUGAAUUUAUCCAGUUGUGAAAUCCUGCAAGAUGGAAACCUCAUUAAAUUAAUUUAAUAUAAAUUGAGGGAAAAGCACAGUGAAUAUGUGUCUGCACAUGCUGCAGUAGUUGUAGGUACCAAGUGCCUCUGAACGUAAUGCAUUAUGAAAAAAAAACAAAACUGUAUGAACUGAUAUACAGACGGGUGACAAAUUAAAGGAAAAAAACAAGCUAAAAAUCUUAGUUGUGCAUGUAUUUUCAUCAAGUCUUUGGACCUUUAAAGGGAUAAACAGUAUUCUUCCAAAGAACAUACCAUCAUUAUGUUGCUGGUGGUGGAGUACAACGACUAACACCUACACACAAAUUCUCUCAAAUUGGCUUGUUUUGUGAUCUUCUGACUGCAAAAGCUGUAGCUUCUGAUUCUUACGGUGUGUUCAUGAAACCACUCAGAGUAUAAUAUUUCCUCACUGCAGGAAUUAGGUUUGUUUCCCCCAUAGACUGAAUAUAAAACGUGGAUGGAGCCACUAUCAACCACUGAUUAGCUUUGGGCUCAGCAUUUUAAGGUUUUGGCUGCUAAAAUGUUGUUGUUAUCAAGUUUUGGUGGUUUUUUGAGCUUUGAUAGUUUACUACUGGUGAGAUUAUUACACAACAAAAGACACCAAGGCCACAAAAGCUGGUUAAGCCGAGCAGACAUCUGUGUCGGCACGUACCUGUAA